CUUACAUCGUCGACACCUCGACCCGCCUUCCUCACAUCCCAAGCAAGCCUGAGCAUGUAAUGAAAGCUCGAGCAAUCAAGUGUAGCAUAUUAUUAGGGAUUACUAAGACCCCUGUCGUAAGUUUCAUGCAAAUAAAAAGGGAAUAGGUAGGUCCUGCUUGUCGCUGAGCGAGUGAUCGCAGACCGCCUCCCAGACGAGCCACACCACCUUAGGAGGUAUCACGUCUCCAUCCUUCGAUUCCUUCCCGAAUCCUGCUCAGGUGACGUGGGCGCGACGACCAUUCCAAUGUCCGAUUUCUAGGUAUAGAGGAUUUCUUGUGCUACCACCACCAUUUGUUGUAAAACAACGACUACCUGCUUCUUAUUCUUGUUCUUGUACUACAUUUAUCCGUCCACCCAAAGCCAAAAUGACCAGCACGCCAAGAUCAGUCAUCAUUGUCGGCGGCUCGCUCGCGGGCCUCAUGCACGGCGUGUACUUCAAAAGGCACGGCAGUGACGUUGUCAUCCUGGAGCAGGACCCGAGCGAGCUGCGUAGCAGCCAUCAGGCGGGCAUCGCAUUCGGGCCCGCCGUCGAGGAGUUUCUGCGCAAGUACGACCAUACGGGCGUACAGAGCCGCUCACCGCCCAUCGCAACCCGUCUUGCCUACCGUAAGCGCAAGGACAUCAAGCGCCUCAGCAUCGUCCGCCACGAGACGAGCUGGGGCCUGCUCUACCGUGUCCUCCGUGCCAAUUUUGAUGGCCUGGCAUCCGAUGCCGUUCCCAACCCGCCUCCCGUCAGGGAUGGUGAUGGCCGGGCCCAGUACCUAGCUGGACGGCGGGUCACCGGCUUGGAGCACAACCGUGGCGACCAGGUUGUAUCGGUCAGGUUCGUCGACCAAGAUGGAAAGGAAGGCAGUCUGACCGCCGAUUUGGUCAUCGGGGCCGAUGGCGGCAAUUCAACCGUCAGGACCCUCCUACAGGCGCCGACCAUCAGAGGAUAUUCGGGCUAUGUCGCUUGGCGGGGUACGGUCCCUGAGAAAGAUGUCUCCCCAGAGACAGCUCGAUACUUUGCGGACUUCUCCACCCUUACUCUCCUUGGUGACACCUACUUUGUCUGCUACCCUAUCCCUCCGGAUACACCCACCUUCAGCCCCGGCACGCGAUUAAUCAACUGGGUGUGGUACUGGAACCUGGCCGAGUCGUCGUCGGAAAUGGCCGACAUCCUGAUGGACACAGCCGGCCGUGUACACGGGACGACCGUGCCGGCGGGGUUGGUGCGCCCGGAGGCGUGGAAGCGGCAGCUCGCUCGGACCGUCUCGCGCGUGACCGCCCCGCUUGCCGAGUUGCUUUCGGCGACGCCGCCGAGCGCCGUCUUCGUCACCAAGGUCAACGACGCGCUCUGCGAGGCGUCCCCCGUGUUUUGCGACGGGAAGGUGCUCCUGGUGGGCGACGCCUUCGCCCACUUCAGGCCACACUUGACCAUGGCCACCGAGCAGGCGGCAUGGCACUGCCUGGGCUUGGAGAAGGUGAGGCAGGGGGAAAUGGAGAUGGAUCAGUGGGCGAAGGAGGCAAGGGUGUAUGCGAAGAGGAUGCACUUGGCGAGUAACCUGGUUGGGGUCUUUGGGGUGGGCAGGUGGUGGGAGUUGCUGAAGACGGUGUGUCAAUAUGUGGUCUUCAUGGUGAGGUUGAACUUGAGGAAGGGGUGA